AUGAGUUCAGAUCCUUUGACCUCAGCUAUCAAUUAUAGCUACUUGUUCCACCUCCCCUUAGAGCUGCUCACGUCUAUUUUCGAGCUUCUGCCGAACCGCGAUCUCAAAAACGCCCGUCUGACUUGUAGAGGCCUCCGUAAUACUGUACGCUUGCGACUUGACCGCGUCUUCAUAUCAGCUAAUCCACGUAAUAUCAAAGUCGCAAGGGCCAUCGCUAAUGACGAAACUUAUCGCAGGGGCAUUGUUGAAAUUGUCUGGGAUGAUUCAUUGCUGGCCAUCACACGAGACUAUCAAUAUUCUGACUCCUCAGACGAUGAGACAUCCCCUAACAAUGACAAGCCUCCAGCUUGGUUCAGACACGAACUUGAGGAGAAUCUACAUCAUAUAUUGACUCAGCAUGUAAAGCCUGAUGAUCCUGAUCUUCCAAUCCAUGUUGUCACAGCUCAGCGUGCUGCUGCGCUAAUCUCAGUCAAGGAGGCCUGGACAUAUUACCAGACUUUAUUCCAGCAGCAGAAAACAGUCCUUACAUCUGGAGCUGAUGUCUCCGCAUUACAUUAUGCCUUAGAGCGGUUUCCUUCUCUUAGGCGAGUCACUAUCACUCCUGCCACCCAUGGGGUUCUGUUCCACCCGCUGUAUCAGACCCCAAUGAUUCGCAACUUCCCACGUGAGCUCAACUAUCCAAUCCGCUACGGCUGGCUGGCCCCUAAGACGCCUAUCUCUGGGCCAGAGGCACCUCCCUCUGGGGACCUUGACGACGCUAGUAUGGAUCCGUGGCACGGAUUCCGCAUGGUGACGCAGAUUCUGGCUAAAAUGCGAGAUCAUCAUCAUGUUACAGAGCUGGUUCUAGAUGCUGUAGGCCUACUCAGUGGAAUUAGCUGCCGCAUCUUUGAAAGUCCAUGUAGAGAAUAUAACGACCUUAUAGCGCUACUCCAGCAACCAGGCUUUAAGCAGCUUGACCUCGCCCUUAUUGUUGGUGGCGAGUGGCACAAUGACUGGGUGUCCUUCCGUAACGGAAAUCUUAGCCGGAUGCUAGCAGGUGCCCCAGAUCUGGAGCAUAUAGCGCUAUCUACUAGUGUUGAGCCAGACCCAGCUGCUCAUGCGGGAAGUGAUGGAGAUAUGAAGAACUUUAUUCCACUGAGGAGCAUCUUUCCAGUGGAUAGAUGGCACCGUCUACGUCACUUCGCGUUAUCUCAGUUCCUGGUGAAGCAGGCGGACGUGAUAGAAUUUCUAGCUGCCUUGCCAGAGACUCUAAGAUCUGUAGAGCUGAGUUUUUUGAUAUUUUUAGAUCCAGAAGGAAAUUAUCAUGAUAUGUUAGCUGAGAUGCGAAAAAGACUGGGCAGCUGGCAGAAAAGAGAGAAGUGGGCCCGGCCAAAGGUAGUAAUUGGAGUUAAUUCGCUCAGAACUAGUAAGAUGAUUGGACGGGCAAUUUGGAUAGAUAAUGAAGUUGAGGAGUUUCUUUAUGGGGCUGGAAAGAACCCUUUUGGAAUACUUUAUGAUAAGAAUAGUGUACAGUUUGGCUAUGGGGUGGUGAGAGAUGUAUUUGAACCUGAAUUUGAGCGGCCUUAUGUAGAUCGGGACACGAUGGAGAAGCUGGGAUAUUACAAGAAACGGCUGCGGCGGCGUUCAAAGUCGAUAGAGCAGUUUUGA